CCUGAUACGUCACAUGCAGGAGAUUCAGAAAGCAGAAACCUGCCCCUGCUCAAAGACGUCACCACCACGGGAGAGGCUGGAGCAGACAACGAGACCUCGGUUGACACCUUCACACAUACACAACAAACACAGUUCCAGAUUCUCAGAUCAUGCCAUAAUAACACUGCAACAAAACGGGGACAAGCCGCCGCACUGCGAAGCGAAGGAAGUCUGUUGCAGCUGCUCGGGAAUGUCCACCGUGCAGCCCUGAAGACAAAAUGAAGCGCAAGAGCGAGAGGAGACGAGCUGAGUCGAGGAAAAAGCGCUGUGCAGCUCACAACAGCACAGAGGUGGAGCCUACCUCCGAUAUUUACACUGAGAUAACAGAUCAACUGUAUUUCGCCAUACUAAAGCAAAAGAUCAAGAACACAGCUGAACGACACUGUUUCUGCAUAGAUGAAGAGCUGUCGUAUGAGAACUUCUAUGCGGACUUUGGUCCCCUUAACCUGGCCAUGUUUUAUCGCUUCUGUUGCAAGCUGACAAAGAAGCUCAAGUCCAUUACGCUGUUAAGGAAGAAGAUCAUAUUUUACACCUGUGGAGAUCAGAAGAAACAAGCCAACGCUGCCUACCUAAUCGGCUCAUAUGCAGUAAUGAAUCUAAACAUGAUGCCAGAGGAUGCCUACAGUCUGCUGGUGUCAAGGAAUUCAACAUAUAUUCCAUUCAGAGAUGCUUCAUUUGGAACCUGCAUGUACAAUCUGAACAUCCUUGAUUGCCUUCGUGGUGUUCACAAGGCUCUGCAGUACGGCUGGCUGGACUUCUCCAACUUUGAUGUGGAAGAAUAUGAGCACUAUGAGAGAGCAGAAAAUGGAGACCUAAACUGGAUAAUUCCAGGAAAGUUCCUCGCGUUCAGCGGGCCUCAUCCAAAGAGCAAAAUAGAAAAUGGGUACCCUUUGCAUGCUCCUGAGGCCUACAUCCCAUACUUCAGAAAUCAUAACAUCACCACUAUCAUCAGACUCAACAAGAAGAUGUAUGAUGCCAGGCGUUUCACAGAAUCUGGCUUUGAGCACCACGAUCUGUUCUUUGUGGAUGGGAGUACACCGACCGACGCUAUCGUCAGGAAGUUCCUCAACAUCUGUGAGAACGCAGAAGGAGCCAUUGCUGUCCACUGCAAAGCUGGUCUGGGCAGGACCGGCACUCUGAUUGGCUGUUAUAUGAUGAAACAUUACUGCCUGAGUGCUGCAGAGGCCAUUGCCUGGAUACGGAUCUGCCGACCAGGGUCCAUCAUUGGGCCUCAGCAGAACUUUGUUGAAGAUAAGCAGAACAGUCUGUGGGCAGAGGGGGAUGUUUUCCGGGGGAAGAUGCUGAACGAACAAGAGAAUGGCAAGACGGCUGUGACCAGGAUCCUGUCUGGUGUGGACGACAUAACCAUCAACGGGAGCAACAAGAACAGGGCAUCCAAGAAGGAAGAAAUGGACCUGUAUAAUGAUGAUGAGGAGGAGAGAAAUGGCCUCACACAGGGUGAUAAACUGCGAGCCCUAAAGAGCAAGAGGCAGGCCAGAUCGUCCUCAGGUUCACUAUCACAAGAAGAGAAUAAGAUUCACACCAGGUCAUCAUCACAAUCCCUAAGCAGGGUCAUAUUGCAGGCCAGUGUUCAGGGCGUCAACCCCUUGGCUCUGUCCGACCAUUCGGACAGCAGGAAGAGGACCAGAACCUCACUGCCAGCCAACGCAGUAGGAGGAAGCUCCCUGUGCCACACCAGACUGGUCAGGUCCCUAGGCAACUUGAAUGUAGUGGCUGGCGACAGGGACCCAAUGGGUUGGGAGCCAUGUGGCAGCCAUAGAGACACAGCCAGUGCCACAGCCAACACAGGCACUCUCAUCAACUUAAACAUGGCACAGGUCCACCUGCAGGCACACUGUCUCCAGAGGACGUAAAGCUCGUAGUUCUUUGCAAUCUAUUCGAUUUUCCAGGCUAUGUCAUUCCAUACCCAAAGCUAGAGCGCCUCUACUUCGGUGAGCCGGCAGAUCUGGGAAUCCAAGUUCUAUACAGCUGUACCAUUGAUUGAGGAAAAAGGUUGGACCACACUUUAGCCAACUUGAUGCGACAUGUAAAUCAUUUUAUAGAUUUGUUUUAUUACAAGUUAUUUUACCCGUAAUGCACUUUUGGUUUUAUAUUUUUAACAAAGCAUCAUGAAACACAUUUUUAAUCAUUGCCUGGUUGUUCCUACUUAUUGACGCAUGCUGUAGCAAACUGUCAUGUGAAUUUAAGAAAUAUCCUCAAAUGAGCACUGUGCAGCAAAUAUUCUGGUUUAUGAUGAGAUUCACAUUUAAGAUUUGGCCAGGAGUUUGACAACCUGCUCUUGGCCCCUUCAUGACACAAGGCUGUUUGCCUUGCAUGUAGUUUAAACAAUACUGUGCUCAUCUGUACCUCCAUUCAAUAUCUGGCUCACCAUUUACCUACUGUAUUUCAAGACUGUAAAUAUGUCAACAUUUGAUAUACUCAGUUUGUAUUUUUUAAAUAUUUUGUACUAUGUCAUGCUGGUCCUAACUGGGCUUUGUCCAACUCAUGUUCAUUGAAGCACAGAAUCAGAUUUUUACAUAUCUGGCUUUUAGUCUUUGUACAAUGUGCUUAAUAUACCAAGAUGAAAUAAACAGUUUCAAGUUGA